GACACCAGUCUCCAUACAUUUCUCUUUUUCUUUUUCUUUUUUUUGUGUACUUGACAAUUUUACAUUGUACAUUUCAUUUACAUAACGUUUAAACACUAAAACACAGAUAGAUAGAUACAUAGAAUCUCUCAUCUCUUUCUUCUCGCCUAUGAUGUUCUGAACUCUGAACACUGAUCCAUACAUAAAAAGCCACUCUCCUUUCCCUCUCUCUCCCUCUGAAAAGAAACGCAGGUGAGAGAUGCUACCGAGAGCUACAAACGGUGUCGUUUGGACAGAAGGAGGAGGAGGAGAAGAAGAAGACACAGCGUCUUGGAACAGAACUAGCAACAACAAUGAAGGAGAGGCUCAUAAGGACGAGGACAACAACAUGGGUGUUCUAAGUGGUCCUCUUUCUUCCUUCAAAUCCAUGCUUGAAAAUGAGUGGUACAUCAACAGCGCUCUCAACCCAUCUCAUCAGGAACUUCAUCUCCAUGGCCUUUCAAACCCUCAAGAUGUUAGAGACAUUGGUUUUUGCCCAAACCCAAGUGACAAUAACAGUCUUCUUUUGCACCCUUUGGAUUCUUCUUCUUCUUGUUCUCCUUCACAGGCGUUCACUCACCCAUUCUUGCCUCAGAAAUCUUGUUUCUCUUCGCUUAUCAACGCUGUUUGCACCAACCCUUUUGAUAAUGCUUUCGAUUUGGGCCUCGAAACCGGGCUGCUCGGCCCGUUUAACCCUGGUUCUGCUUCUAACUCCUCUGCUUUGAUGGGCUUCACUGGGUUGAGUUCUCAGAUUGGUGGUCACGAGCUGAGUUCCACCUCCGAGUUUCAACAGCCAACUCGGUUGCUUCCUUUAUCAGAUAACUCUGCUGGACUUGGUGGUGGGUUUAGCCCUAUGGGUCUUGAGGGUUUUGAUAAUGACAAUUCAGUUUCAGGGAGUGCUCUGUUUCUGAACAGAGGAAAGGCUCUGAGACCCCUUGAGGUUUUCCCUCAAGUGGGUACGCAGCCCACACUGUUUCAGAAGCGAGCAGCUCUUCGACAAGGUGCUGAGAAGUUGGGAAAUUUGGAGAUUUCGGGCGGGAGAUAUGGCGAAAAUUCGGAGGAGGAUUUGGAGAAGAGGGGGAGGCGGAAGAAGAAGAGUAGUGAGGAGUGUGAUUUUGAGGAAGGAAGCCUUGAUGUUUCGGGUUUGAAUUACGAUUCUGAUGACUUUAAUGAGAAUGAUAAUGGUAUUGGAAAAAUGGAGGGGAAUGUUCAAAUUGGAAGGAGUAAUUCUAAUGCCAACAGUACUGUUACUGGUGGGGGAGACCAGAAGGGAAAGAAGAAGGGUCUGCCGGCAAAGAAUCUUAUGGCGGAGAGGAGGCGAAGGAAGAAGCUUAAUGAUAGGCUCUACAUGCUUAGGUCUGUUGUGCCAAAGAUUAGCAAGAUGGAUAGAGCUUCUAUACUUGGGGAUGCCAUUGACUACUUAAAGGAGCUUCUGCAGAGGAUCAAUGAUCUCCAUAAUGAACUGGAGUCAACCCCUCCUGGAUCUUUGUUGCCAUCUUCUACAAGCUUUCAUCCUUUGACACCAACUCCUCCUACCCUUCCCAACCGUGUCAAGGAAGAACUUUGCCCAAGCUCCUUGCCAAGCCCUAAAAGCCAACCUACAAGGGUGGAGGUUAGGGUAAGGGAAGGGAGAGCUGUCAAUAUCCACAUGUUUUGUGCCCGGAGACCAGGGCUCUUGCUUUCCACUAUGAGGGCGCUGGACAACCUGGGAUUGGACAUCCAGCAGGCUGUGAUUAGUUGUUUCAAUGGGUUUGCUUUGGAUGUCUUCAGAGCUGAGCAAUGCAGGGAAGGCCAGGAUGUCUUGCCUGAGCAAAUCAAAGCAGUACUUUUGGAUUCGGCUGGCUUCCAUGGUAUGAUGUAACCCAAGUGCUUCAUAUAAAUGGAGGAACUAACUGUAGUGUUGUACCUCAAGUAGCUUGUAAAUGCAUUUGCUCCUCAUUCCUAUUGGUAAAGGUACCCACAGACCAAAGUCAAGUAGAUCAGCUAAUGUUCGAAAGGUCAAUUUGCUAUCAUUAGUGGAUAUGUUUUGUACUCAUGCUUAGAAGCAUAGCAAACUUACUGUGUUGUCUUAAGUAUCUUUAGCUUUUAGAAUAAAAUCAUUUGCUGUCGGCAUAUUCUCUA